AUGUCGCUGGACUCUAAUGCUCAAUGUGAUGGGAAAGGGAACCCGUUGAGGCAUUUUACCCCUUAUCCUACCCCUGGCUCGUCUGGGAUUAAUGUUUUUAAUCAAGACCUGUCUGUGUGCGAUGGCACCCAUGUAAACGCUUAUGUUUUCCCUCCUUUUUCAUUGAUUGGCCCUUUGCUGCGCCUUUUUGCGUCUGCAAAUGCAGCUGUUACAAUCGUGGUUCCAAAGUUGUCCCCUUUGCCUGGUUGGUGGCCAUUGCUAAAUGUGCUGGCUACCCGCAGAGUUUUAGUUGCUAAGAAGGGGUCGGCCGAUGCGCUCCUCUUCCCUUCUCGACAUGGUUUUGUACCCCGUUUAUGCCCCUAUGACCUCUGGGCGUUUCGAAUUGCACGCUCCUCCUCCCGGACGACCUAACGGGUGAUGUUUUCCUUUCAGUCUUUGCCUAUUGUUCCCAGACUUUUUCAACCGUCUGUGUCUUGUCCAGUUUGCGCCAAACCCAAUGACUGUGAUUUCCGCUACUGUCAGAGGUGUGGUUAUCAACGUCAGAAGAGAGUUUCCCAGGCUUCUCCUCACCUUAAAGCUCCUGUCAAUUUGUCCGUUAUAAGUGCGCGUAAACAGUGUUUGGUUGCUAGGCAACGCUCUACACCAUACCAGAAACAGAAGAGUGCCUUAGAGGUUGAGUUUAUGGAUUUCCUCGGAUUUACUACACAACGGGACAUGUGCACGGCCAUUCCUGAUGAUGUUGUCGAUUUCUUGAUUUGGAAGGACAGUUUUGGUAAAACAGUGGUACAUUGA